AUGGUGUUGACUCGGGCCACGGGCGCUUGCAACGAUGACCAGUUUGGGCCUAUCGUCGCUGCAGCAGACUGUCGCGGAGGAUUCGACUUCACUGUAGUUUUCGAGUCCGGUAUCCUGAGCCUCGUUCCAGGGGCUUGUUUCCUCCUUCUGGCAUCUUGUCAUCUGCCCCACCUGCUCAGACAGUCUCGGAAGGUGCUCUCUUCGAUAUUUCGAGUGGUUACACUGAGUGUCUCUGUGACUUUUGCAGCUAUUCAGCUUGCAUUGCUUGUGCUUGUUGCAAAACAGCACCCCGUUGGAGGGCGCACACUGAUUGCAAGUGCCGUUCUUGACCUAUUAUCGGCGCUGGGAGUUAUACUGCUUCUUGACCUAGAGCACGUCCGGUCAAUCCGGCCAUCUUUCCUGGUCUCUGCGUAUUUGUUCAUCACACUGCUCUUUGACCUUGCGCGUGUGCGCACAGCCUGGCUGCUGCCGGAAAAUCAGGCCUACUCCGCUUUUCUUUCCACAUCUUUCGCCGUCAAGCUAGUUCUUUUAAUGCUAGCUAGUGUUGAAAAGCAGAAAUGGCUUCUACCAACCGAGAAGUAUCAUUCCACCGAAAGUGUGAGCGGGCCUUUCACCCGAGGCUUAUUUACCUGGCUGAAUGGGCUGCUGUGGAGAGGGCACUUAGCAUCACUGGCUGAAGAUGAUCUCCCUGCCGUUCACGAGAUGCUUUUGUCUUCGCGGUUAUCUGUCCAAUUCACAGAUACGUGGGCCCGCUCCAACAAGACUGGACAAACUGCGUUACUUUGGGUGGUAAUCAAGUGCCUGCGCUGGGAAAUGGUGAAGAUCGCCUUCCCGCGGCUUUGUGUAGUGGGAUUUAGUAUUGCGCAGCCAUUUCUCAUUGGAAAAGUGGUCAGUGACUUACAACGGACCGCCUCUUUCUCACUCAACAUCAGCUAUGGCUUAAUUGGAGCCACUGCAAUUGUCUUUGUCGGGAUUGCUGUUUCUAGAGCUUCUUAUGAGCACCUGGGAUACCGUGCUACCACCAUGAUUCGAGGCGGUCUGAUGAGUAUUGUGUUUCAGCAUAUGAUGGAUCUGCCACCGGGCAGCACAGACGAAUCCAGUGCAAUGUCGCUUAUAGGCUCUGACAUAGAGAUGCUCGCCGAAUAUUUUUAUUCGGUCAUCUGUGAGACUUGGGCAAAUGUGCUUCAGUUAGCAUUGGCUACAUGGUUGCUAGAAACCCAGGUCGGCGCGGUUUGCAUUGCUCCCAUUUUGAUAGUGACGGUUUUCACAGCUUCCUCCUUCGCCAUGGGUAAUGCUGUUUCGACUCGGCAAAAGGAAUGGCUUCGGGCCACCGAGAAGCGGAUCAACUUCACAACUACCAUCCUGGGGUCUAUUCGCAAUGUUAAAUUUCUCGGCUUAGCCGAGAUAAUGAGUUCUAAGAUCGAAGCAUUGCGCAUGGAGGAGCUUGAGAUUUCUAAGAAGUUCCGCCGGAUCCAGUCAAUUCGUGUCUGCAUGGUCAACUCUCCUAUAAUCAUCGGCCAGCUCGCUACUCUGGCUGCCUAUGCAAUAAUAGCAUUGCUGCAGGACUCUGGGGGCCUUGCCGUAAACCAAGCCAUCACCUCGUUGGCGCUUAUUAGCUUGAUGAUCACACCACUAAGCUACCUCUUGUUGGCGAUUCCAGACACAUUUGCUUCAAUAGGUUGCCUAAAUAGGGUGCAGGAUUUCCUUAAGGUUCAGAAUCGUUGUGAGAAGAGACAGUUUCUCCAGCCUUUGCUGACUCAUUCCACAUCAUCCAGCAACCUCUCUGGUAUUGAGUUGUCUCCACUUACGCAGUUUCCACACAGCGAGAGAGAUGUAGUCCUAUCUCUACGAAAUGUCAGAUUUGGCUGGAAGUCUCCCUCUAAACCAGAGGCAAAUGGUGUCACGUUUACACUCAAUGACGCCGCUUCUGGGCAGCUUGUCAUUCUUGUCGGUCCAGUCGGCUGCGGAAAGUCUACAUUCCUCAAAGGUCUGGCAGGUGAGACGCCUGUGUUAGAAGGAGAACUCUUCGUGAAGUACCAAGACUUGGCCUUCUGUGAAGACACACCAUGGCUAUCAAAUUCUUCCAUACGGAAUAAUAUUGUUGGCGAAAAUUCAUCGUCUACCUUUGAUCCUGAGUGGUAUCGCACCGUUGUGAGCGCUUGUGCGCUGGAUGUCGAUCUUAAGAGGAUGGCGGCGAACGACGAAACACUAGUUGGCAGUAAAGGCUCUAAGCUGAGUGGAGGACAGAGACAAAGAAUUGCUAUCGCACGAGCGGUCUAUGCUCGUAGAAGCAUCGCUUGCUUUGACGACGUUCUAAGUGGCCUGGACAAUUCCACCGCCCGAACUGUAUUUAAUAAUGUCUUUGGCACGACUGGAAUCUUGCGUCAGCUGGGCUCUACUGUGUUUUUGGCUACUCACAGUGCCCAAUACAUGCCCCAAGCUGACUUGAUCAUGGUCUUCGGGGACAAUGGCCAAGUUGCCAAGCAAGGCAGCUAUGCUCAACUUCGAGACGACAUUGAUAGCUUCAUUCAGCCGAAAGAUACUCGAUUCACACAAGCAGAUGAGGCAGAAGAAGGCGAAAAGUCCGCAGAUGUGCCGGCAGAGCCCCCGACUGCCAUAUUCGAGGCUUCUUCUGCCACAAAUGGCGCUCGACGGACAGGCGAGCUUGCUGUAUAUAAGUAUUAUUUUUCUGCACUGGGUUGGUCACGAAUUGCUUCAUUGCUUCUCUUCCUCGUUACAGAUGCCGGUAUGAGCGGCUUACGCUAUGUAUGGGUCAGCAUUUGGUCCUCCAGCAAUGACGAAACUUCACGCCUAGGCUACUGGCUUGGACUGUAUGGAGCAUUUUCUGUUGUCCAAGCCCUUGCGCUUGUACUUGCCGUAUUCUGGACAUGGGUUAUUAUUGUCCCAUUUGCAUCCAGGAACCUUCACACAGCCGUGCUACGCACUUGCAUUGGUGCUCCCUUGUCCUUUCUCUCGAACCAAGAUACCGGAGCUCUAGUGACACGUUUCAGUCAAGACAUGAGGCUAGUUGACAUGGUCCUGCCUCGGGGUUUUAUAUCUACAGGGUUCCAAUUAUUCGGAGCAAUUGCUCAAGGCGCCGUUGCCAUAGCCUCAUUGCCCUAUUUAGCAGCGGCUUUGCCUAUUCUUAUCGGAGUCCUAUAUCUGAUCCAGAAGUUUUAUCUUCAAACAUCCCGUCAGCUGCGGCUACUAGAGAUUGAGCUCAAGAGCCCUCUUUACACCCACUUUAUCGAGUCACUGGCAGGAGUCACCACUAUUCGCGCCUUUUCAUGGACUCACGCUACGACUAACCGAAUGCUUUCUAUGCUAGACAGCGCCCAACGACCAUACUACCUUCUCCUUUGUAUCCAACGCUGGCUGAGUCUCGUGCUGAAUCUGAUCGUGGCAGGCAUAACAUUGCUUCUUGUUGGAGCAUCUGUCGCUCUUCGCACUCACGUGGACCCAGGUCUUCUGGGAAUAGCCCUUGUCAUGAUGAUGGAUCUGGGACUGGUCCUAUCAGAGCUGAUUCAAAACUGGACAUUGCUUGAAACGUCACUGGGAGCCAUUACACGCAUCAAAGAAUUUGUCGAGGAAACCCCUCGUGAAGAGACUAGUAUGGCCCCUCAGACUCAUGAUGAACUCUUGGAAUGGCCGACGAGCGGCGAGAUCGAAUUUUUAGAUGCAGGAAUUGCUUGGAGAUUUGGCGAGACGAAACCUUUACUCAACGGUAUUAAUCUUCGAAUUGAAGCCGGGCAGAAGUUUGGCCUGUGUGGCAGAACCGGAAGUGGCAAGAGUACAUUGGCACUAUCCCUCCUUCGUCUCAACGAGAUUGUAUCCGGCCAAAUCCGCAUCGAUGGACAAGAUAUCUCCUCGAUGCCCGGAUCAUCAAUCCGACAACGCAUCAGCUGUCUCAGCCAAGAACCGUUCAUUUUCCCCGGUACAGUCAGGGAAAAUGCCGAUCCCCUGGGCAAAGUUUCGAACGCGCAGAUUGUUGAUGCCCUGCAAUCUGUGGGAAUCUGGAGCAUCCUGGCAGCAAGCCACAGUGAUACCGACGAAGACGUACUGGAUUCAAGAUUAGAUGACAACAUCCUAUCUCAGGGCCAGAAGCAGCUGUUCUGUCUUGCCAGGGCUUUGCUGAAGAGGAGCAAAAUCUUGAUCUUGGAUGAGCCAACGAGCAGCCUGGACCCUGAAACAGAUGCAAAGGUGCAAAGUGUCAUACGGGAGUCAUUCCAUGGCUGUACCGUAAUAAUGGUGGCGCAUAGAAUCCACACAUUGCUUGACUUCGAUCAGGUUGCUGUUCUGAACAGUGGUGAAAUUGUGGAGGUCGGACAUCCUCUUGAUUUACUCAAUAAGCCUAAUGGGGGAUUCUUGAAGCUGCUGAGCCUCGAGCCGUGA